AAGCGCCCGAUUCGAGCAGCUCUCGUCAUAACAGUUCAAACAAGAGAACGAAUCACAAGCAAGAGCAAUAAAGCGCCAAAACGCAAAUCUACGCAAGUGAAAAGCAAAUUUCAACGUGAAACAAGUUAAAACAGUGAAAUAAGUGAAUACAGUGAAAAAGUAUAUUAUUUCGAAUCAAAAAGUGUUAAAUAUCAGUACAAAAGCAAAAAUGUCUGCAAUCGGUAUUGAUUUGGGAACGACCUACUCCUGUGUAGGAGUGUUCCAGCACGGAAAGGUGGAAAUCAUCGCCAACGACCAAGGAAAUCGAACCACUCCCAGCUAUGUGGCAUUUUCGGACUCGGAGCGGCUGAUCGGUGAUGCCGCCAAGAACCAGGUGGCCCUCAAUCCGCAAAACACAGUCUUCGACGCCAAACGAUUGAUUGGACGCCGUUUCGACGACCCGAAAAUACAGGCCGAUAUCAAACACUGGCCCUUCAAGGUGUUCAACGAUGCUGGCAAACCGAAGAUCGAAGUCGAGUUCAAGGGAGAGAAGAAACGAUUCGCUCCGGAAGAAAUCAGCUCCAUGGUUCUGGUCAAGAUGAGAGAAACGGCCGAAGCCUAUCUGGGAAAUAGUUGCAAAAACGCAGUCAUCACAGUUCCAGCAUAUUUCAACGAUUCCCAGCGACAGGCCACAAAAGACGCCGGAGCCAUUGCGGGACUGAAUGUGAUGCGAAUCAUCAAUGAACCAACGGCAGCUGCAUUGGCCUACGGUCUGGACAACAAUCUCAAAGGUGAACGAAACGUCCUCAUCUUCGAUUUGGGUGGUGGCACAUUCGACGUCUCCAUUCUGACCAUCGACCAGGGAUCGCUAUUUGAGGUACGUGCCACAGCCGGCGAUACUCAUCUGGGAGGAGAAGAUUUCGACAAUCGCAUGGUGACCCACUUCGUUGAGGAGUUCAAGCGCAAAUACAAGAAAGAUAUCUCAUCGAAUGCACGAGCUCUGCGUCGACUGAGAACGGCAUGCGAACGAGCGAAGCGCACAUUGUCAUCCAGCACAGAAGCAACGCUGGAAAUCGAUGCCCUUGCCGAUGGAAUCGACUUCUACACGAAGAUCUCCCGGGCUCGAUUUGAGGAACUGUGCUCGGAUCUGUUCCGUUCCACGCUUCAACCAGUCGAAAAGGCUCUGGCCGACGCCAAAAUGGACAAGAGCUCAAUCCACGACAUCGUCCUAGUUGGUGGCUCGACUCGCAUUCCAAAAGUACAGAAUCUGCUGCAGAACUUCUUCUGUGGAAAAUCGCUGAAUCUAUCAAUCAAUCCAGAUGAAGCAGUGGCAUACGGUGCAGCAAUUCAAGCGGCCAUCCUCAGCGGAGACAAGGACGAGAAGAUUCAAGACGUUCUACUGGUUGAUGUGGCUCCACUCUCACUGGGCAUUGAGACAGCUGGAGGAGUCAUGACCAAACUGAUUGACCGCAAUACCAGAAUCCCGUGCAAGCAAACCAAAACCUUCACAACCUAUGCGGACAAUCAGCCGGGAGUAUCGAUCCAGGUGUUCGAAGGAGAACGUGUCAUGACCAGAGACAACAAUCGUCUGGGACAGUUCGAACUAUCGGGCAUUCUGCCGGCUCCUCGAGGCGUUCCCCAGAUUGAAGUCACAUUCGAUAUCGAUGCCAACGGUAUUCUCAAUGUAACUGCCAAGGAAAAGAGUACCGGUAAGGAAAAGAACAUCACGAUCAAGAACGACAAGGGCCGCCUGAGUCAGGCCGACAUCGAUCGAAUGGUAUCCGACGCAGAAAAGUACCGCGAAGAAGACGAAAGGCAACGGGAACGCGUUUCUGCCCGCAACCAGCUAGAAGGCUACUGUUUCCAGCUGAAGCAAUCACUCGAAUCGGCCGGAGACAAACUUAGCGAGUCGGACAAGAACACCGUGAAGGACAAAUGUGACGAAACGCUCCGAUGGCUGGACGGAAAUACGAUGGCCGAGAAGGAUGAGUUCGAACACAAGAUGCAGGAGCUGAGUCGAGUCUGUAGUCCGAUCAUGACUCGUUUGCAUCAAGGUGGAGCGGCCGGAUCAGGAGCCUCUAGCUGUGGUCAACAGGCGGGAGGAUACGGUGGCAGUUCGGGACCCACCGUUGAGGAAGUCGACUGAAGCGAAUGGAGAGGUUGAAAUGAGACUGAAUGUUAGUGAUAGUGAGUGAUGUUGAGAGGAAUGUAGAAUAUUAUUUUCUUGUACAAAGUUAGAAAGUUAUUUAAUGUGUACAGCUUGUUUUUACGAAAAUAAAUUAUAUCGGGUAAAACUAA